AUGCGUACCACUCCAACCCCUGUUGUCGUGGAUAGUGAUCGGCCAAACGGAAAACGACCUGGACUACCGAUCACCAUUUUCAAUAAACAGUUUAACGCUUUGCUUGACUCAGGUACCGCCAUCUCCGCCAUUUCUGAAGAAAUAUUUGCGAACAUCAAACGAAGCAUUCCGGAAGGAGAAUGUUUAUCGACUUUACCAGUCACCGGAGUGACAAUAUCGACUGCUGUUCGAGGUCGUAGUCGAAAAGUUACAACACAGGUCCUCAUACCAUUUUCCGUUUCCGGGCAUAUCACUGAUUGCAUCUGCCUUGCUGUUCCUCACCUUGCAACCUCGAUCAUACUAGGAGAUGACUGGUUAACCCAGAAUCAAGUCUGUCUCGAUUACUCCACACGGUUGUCAUCUUUCCCAAGAUGGGGUCUUGAUGUACCAUUUUCGGCUACUCAAGAAGAAUUAGUGAAUCCGAUAAAUGCGUUCUUCACUAUGUCGAUAUCCCCAGAAGACUGUGUUCGAACAGUCUCCGAACAUUGUAUAUCUAGUAUUGAAAUGAUAUAUCAACAACUUCACUCACCGAACAGUCACAAUGUCGUAGCUAGUCUACAGAUUAUACCCAAUGAUGAUCUAGAACCAUUCGGCAACAUAACGGACCAUCUCUCAUCCGUUAUAGCCCCCUCUCCAGAACAAUUUGAGAAAAUGUUGGACCUUUUUCAUGAGUAUCAUCAAAUUUUUCGGACACGACCCGGUUUGAAUUCAUUAUACACCUGUCGUUUCAACACCACAGAAGAUGUACCAUUCAAAAUACGUCCCUAUCCAGUGCCUUUCGCUCGUCGUCCAGCCGUUCAAAAAGAACUAGCCCAUAUGUUGAACUGGGGGGGGGGGUGA